CCAUCCCUAAUCACGUUUACGUAAAUCCAGCACAAUUGGCCGUAAAAUGUCGAGAAAUUUGUUUUUAUCAAUUACAAACUUUAUUAGGAACGUGGAGCGCCUGUUCCUGCCACAUGGAGGACAUCCCCCAGCGCUGGCUUUGGCCGGUUUCCAGCACGAGCACAGCGGCCUCUCUGGCCAGAAAUCAUCCCAGGAAUUCAGCCUGAAGCAGCUUAUUGGCGAUGGCAUCUUCUGGGCCGUACCCAAGCACAGGAGAUCCGUGGAGAAGCGACUCAAGCGGAAGUUUGGUUAUCCGGAAUAUGUAUGGAAACCUUUGCGGGAGAAGAGGAACAUCCGCUCGUGCCUGCAGUGUGGUCAUGACCACGAGCUGGGAGUCCUGUGUCCCUUUUGCUACCAGAAAGUCCUGAAGGAAACUGAGCUCAUGCAAGAAAAAAUCCAGGAGAAUCUGGGCUUAGAUCCCGUCGACAAGGAAGUAAUCGUUCUGUACGAGGGAGAGAAAGCCGAACAGUCUGCCGAGGAGCUGAAGGGCAAGCGCAUUGUCGAAAUGAAGAAGCCCCGUCCCAUGUGGUUCACCAAGAAUCUGCUACAGAAAUCCACGCAGCAGUUGUCCGAAACCAAGGAAGUCAAACCCUCCGACUUGGCCUAGGUCCAUAGCUAUAAUUGUGCAUUAAAACUACCAUUUUGUUAUCAA